GGACGUCGUUGCGGUUUUCCCUUCCAGAUAUACGUAGAUACAGUAUAUAGACCAUAAUAAAGGAGCAUUUAUUGCGUUCAGUAAUAACAUGCAGACCAGGCCACUUUGUGAUAAGGGAUUUGUCUGUUAUUUUGCUGGAUUCGUUUCCCGGGGAGUCGCGAUCCGGAAGUGGUUUCACUUUCGGUUCUUCUCCAGUUCUCACUAAAAAAAAGUAAAAGCGUUUUACAGGAAAGACGGAACAAGUUGGAUUAUUAUCAUGAAGGAUGUAAUAUAGGCUAUGUAAUGCGUUUGAGGCAUAUAGAGAGGGAAAUGCGCUGUGAUCUGUGUCGUACGGCACUUUGGAGGAUAAAUACGUGCGAUAUUUAAAAUGGUCGUAAACUUUCGUAGCCUAGUCCAUAAAGUAGUCUGACCACGGGACCCAAUCAUUGAUUAUUUAUCAGGAAAGCGGAACUCACAGAACUGCGCGCCUCUCCCAGUGGGGCGAUGUUUGAGUGUGUGUGUGUGUGUGUGUGUGUGUGUGUGUGUGUGUGUGUGUGUGUGUGUGUGUUUAUGUGUCUUGGUGUGUGUAUAAAGGAGCUGGGAUCAGUCACCAUAAAUGCUAGAACGUAUCCAGUCAUCAUAGAUAGGUGAAGUUAGCUUGACCUGUCAGUCACUAUGGGGGUGAAGGGCUUGUUGUCGCUGCUGAAGGACUACAGCCAGAUCUACCAGGACAUCCGCUUCAGGGACAGCAAGCUGCUGGUGGACGGCACUAACCUGGCCUACGACCUGUACUACAGGUCCAACCUGGACCAGAACCGCGGCGGGGAGUACCUGGCCUACCAGGUCCAGGUCCAGGCUCUCUUCAAGACUCUGGCCGACUGUGGAAUCAAACCUUACGUGGUGAUGGACGGAGGCUCGGGCACCAGCGACAUCAAACUGGACACCCUCAUGGACCAGGCCAGAGGGAAGGUCCGUAGGGCCCUGGACGCCGCUCAGAAGGGCAGUAGGGCGGACAUCCUUCCCCCCUUCACCACGAUAGUGUUCGAACAGACGCUGAACAACAUGAAGGUGCCGCUGGUCAGGUGCUUCGGAGAGGCUGACGGCCAGCUGGCUUCCCUGGCCAGAGAGUGGUGCUGCCCAGUGCUGUCCAGAGACAAUGACUUCUUCAUCUACGACCUUCCAGCAGGGCUUCUUCACCUAGAUCACUUCCAGUGGGACUCAGUUAAAACAAGUGGGGCCAGGAGUUACAUCCCUUGCAAAAGAUACACCACAUCCAGCUUCUGCACCUUCUUCAACAUCGACCGCCCGCUGCUGCCCGUCUUCGCAUCGUUGGCCGGAAACGACAACGUCAACCUCAGAGAAAUAACUUGUGCCAAAAAGGUUCAGGCUGGAAGACGGACAGAGUUUUCUAUGACCGCCCGGCUAGAGGGACUCCUGAGGUGGAUGAGAGGCUUCCAGACGACAGAAGACACCUUGACAGCAGCGAUGGAUCUCAUGCCCAACGUGAGUCAACAGGCACGGACGGAGGUGCAGACGGAGUUGCAGAAGUCCAUGCUGGAGUACCGGCUCCCCAGCUCCUCUCUGCGGGGGUUCUUCAGUGAGGGAACCGUUCCGCCGCUGCCCGCUGAGUUGUUGAGCUGCGUCCCCGACUGGGUCCGCACGCCCCUGGCCAGAGGAGAGCUGGGGGCUGACAUCCUGCACCUGUUGGUGCACAAGAGGAAGAUAUUGCCGACCCAGGUGGAGCACCGCGCCCCACAGAGCUCCAACCUCGCCUCGCGGCCCAUCCGGCAGGUGUUGUACGGGCUGCUGCUGGGCGGGGGGAGAGGCAAGGUGCUGGAGGUGGACCGCGUCGGUAAGGGGGCCGCGAGUGUAAAGGUGCAACCGCUGGUCCAAGGAGCUGCUAAGACACUGAGGCUGGACUCUCUGCCCCAGGCAGACCCCGCUGUGAGGCUGCAGGUGUGUCUGGAGACGCUGGGCGUGGAGGAAGAGACGCUGGUGGGAGUUCCGGCUCCUCUGCGCCUCCCAGUGGCUGUGACCUGCUACUGGCUGAGGAGGGCCAGCCCUGAGCCGACGCUCCUCAAAGCUCUGCUGAUGGUCAUGGUCCAAGGAGAACUGAACCGACGGACAGGAGGGACAACAGGCUGGCAGGGGGUCACCAAGCACAUCUUUCGACCUCUGAAUGGUGCCGGGGCUCACAGCCUCAACCAAUGGCAGGCCUGCCUGAAGGACGCCUCCCAGCUCAACCUGCUGCUCUGCAAGCCCCUCCCUGAACCCCACUACGCCUGGUUGUACCAGGGCAGGCGGGUGCAACUGCGGCAGAAGCAGCUCAAGAAGAAGGAACCAGAGGAGAUAGUAAAGGAUGACCAGUUCAGGAGACUGUACAGGAGCCUCCUGGAAGCAGUGACCCAGCCAGACCCCGGGGCCAACAGGAGAGCUGGGGGGCCUGAGGCCCAGCUGAGGGCCAGCAUGGAGCACCUUCACCUCAACACCCUGGAUGAGGAGGAGGAGGAGCUGGGCGGGGCUGGAGGCCUGGAUCAGGGCUCUGAUAGGCUGAGGGUGUCGGUUAGAACACGCUACAGAACCAAAGACAGGAAGGACCGGUCCAGAAACCCAGAGCUGGGGAGGAAGCAGGAGAGGGAGGGGUGGUAGUGGGGGAGGGGGGGGAGGGGGUUGAUGAGGAACAGUGUUGGGGUAACGAGGAGAUAACAUAAGAGUUGAGAACGGUAUGAGAUUAUUAAACUAAUAUAUUGAA